AUGAAGUUUAUCGUGGCCUGGAUCCUUAUACUCGUUUCUUCUUCUUGUUUUGCUGCUACUCCUGCUGCAUCUUCUCCGGGCAGUCAUCAAAAUAGCUUUUUCCGGACAUUUGAAUGUAUCAAUGACCAGUGCCAGCGGACGAACAAACCAAUCUCGAUCAUUGACCCAGCAGAGCUGAAGCUCAAAGGUCACCAUACGACGUUAGCAGCUUGUCGUCUAGUCUGUGGUUCACUUGGAGGUCUUUGGCCGAUUCCAACGGGACCUAUCACCAUUGGAAAAAAUUAUUUACUAACGCAUCCCAAUGAAGUCCGGUUUGGUCUACAAGAAGUUCCUCGAUCAACUAGAUCAUUUUUAUCCGAAGCCUUGGACAUAUUUGUCGGGAAUUUAAGAUGGAUGUGUGGAGAAAAUUGCGAAAAAGCCAAUUCUUCAGUCAAGGUUCAUACAAAGGUUAUUUCUGAGAGUGUUGAACUCGACUGGAGCACAGAUGAAGAAUAUACUCUUCAGAUAUUUACCAAAGAAAACAAAAUAGAUGUUAUCGUUACCGCUUCGACGGUUUUUGGAGCUCGUCAUGCUCUGGAGACUCUGUCACAGUUGUUUGCACCCGUUUUAACAUUGAAUGCGCGAGGACUAGUGAUAGUUGACCAAGCAAAGAUCCAGGACAAACCGAUAUUCGUUCACCGUGGACUUUUGAUUGAUACUGCAAGAAAUUUUCUUCCCGUUCCCGCUAUUUUGAGAACUAUAGAUGGCCUAGCUGCUACCAAGAUGAAUGUUUUGCACUGGCAUGCUACUGACACUCAAAGUUUUCCACUUCAUAUUAAAAAUCGACCACUCAUGUCCCAGUACGGAGCAUACUCACCUGAAAUGAUCUACACCCCAGAAGAUUUAAGUUACAUAGUAACAUACGCCAAGUACCGAGGAGUGAGAAUUAUUCUAGAAUUGGACUCACCAUCUCAUGCAGGUGCCGGAUGGGAAUGGGGUGAAGCAGCAGGACUAGGUGCUCUGGCGGUUUGUAUUAACAAAGAACCGUGGAGAGAUUUUUGUGUCCAGCCACCAUGUGGUCAGCUAAAUCCAGUCAAUCCUCGUACUCUUGAUGUUUUAAAAGAUAUUUAUAGAGAUACUCUCGCUCUUUUGGGCACCAACAGUGUCAUUCAUCUUGGUGGCGAUGAAGUGUUUAUUAAUUGCUGGAAUUCAACGCCAGAGAUAACAGCUGCGAUGCAAGAUCGAGGAAUGGGAAGAAGUACCGAUGACUUCUUUCAACUCUGGAGUGAGUUUCACGCAGAGCAAGUUAAGCUUCUUGAUGAAAUAAAAGAAGGAAGAAUUGACAAUGUAUUGCUGUGGAGCUCCGCGCUCACAUCUCCGGAUGUAAUUGAAAAGUAUCUUGAUAAAAGAAGAUUUAUCAUCCAAACCUGGGUUGAGUCAACUUCUGAAUUACCCAGCGAACUUUUACAGCGUGGUUACAAGCUUAUAAUGUCGACCAAAAAUGCUUGGUACCUAGAUCACGGAUUUUGGGGUAAAACUCGCUAUCAUUCAUGGCGAGACGCCUACAAUAAUAGAAUCCCACGAAAUGUUGGAGUUCUUGGAGGUGAAGUCUGCAUGUGGGGUGAAUAUGUCAACGAAGGCGGCUUGGACUCUCGUAUUUGGCCCAGAGCUGCUGCUGUUGGUGAAAGGUUGUGGAGCGAUUCUCAUACCCUGAGAACUGAAGACGUAGAACCGCGUCUUCAAGCUUUUAGAGAAAGACUGCAAGUACGCCAAAUUUAUGCCGAUGCCAUUUCUCCAGCUUGGUGUGCUCAGCACGCUAAAAAGUGUUAU